CGAACUAAAUUUCCAUCGCGAAACAGCCGUGUACCUGAAAGCAAGCUGCUCAACCACAGAAAUUCGUGAUACUUGGAGAGGUGCAAGUUACAUCUUAUUCAACCAUGGGCGCAGGAGAGAGUAAGCCAGCGCUUAAACCCAGGGCACCGCACAUAUAUGCGACCAACCGAGUCAAAGGUGUCAAAGAGAUAUUUCUACGGGUCCGAGGCGACAAACUAGGGGAAACUAAGGAAUUUACUCGUAUUAUGGAUGAGGCUAAAGAAAUGGUUGCCGCUGCUCAGGCUACAGGGGAGUUAAACAACCAUCAUGAAGACGAGAAAGAGAAGGAGCGGCGAAUUCACAACAGUUUGAUCCAUGGAGGUUUCAACCAUUUUCCGUUUGGUGAGACCAUGCCAUUUCCAGCUGAAAAUGAUGGUCAUUUAAUGUAUGUCUCAGUACACGACGGGGACAAAAUGUGGCUCAUAGAUGUGGCCGUGGAUCCUGAACGUUAUGGCUGUGUUACGAUCAAAGGCGACCGAGGGGGAAUUAGCGUGCACCCAUCUAAUCCCAAGCCCUGCUGGGUCCAAUUGCAAGACGAUUGUAGUUCACUUUCCAGUAAAAAUUUGUUAGAGGUUGAGCGAAGAAGCAACAACAUCCCUGUUUAUCUCGGAAGAGCAAUCUGGCAAGCUGAUUUGUUGGACCCAGAGCGACAUCAUGUUCUGGUUUGUAAAGUGUGGCAAGAAAAGGGGAAAUUAUGUGUUUACCCCGAUAUGGUGAGUUUUAUACAACUUGGACAUCCCAGGAUAAGUGCUCUUUCGGCCACAAGGUAUGAGUGGGUUAGGGCAGAGACCGGAUACCCUGUUCCAGUUAAUGCAGUUAGAGUGAGCGACAAGGAUGGGUCUCAGCCGGUGUAUCUCGGGCGUAUUCAUGGCGACAGAGCUUGUGGAAUAACGGAAGUGGAUGGCAUGUUUAACAAAUUUAUUGCCUCGAUGAAUGUUCAUUUACUUAGUGGUGAUCAACUCACCGCGUCGACAGGGGAAGUUCUCCUGUUGACUGCAGAACCCAUGUAGCCUCGAGAUGGAAAACGACCAAAGAAAUAAGCACUUUCAUUACAUGUACUCACGCUAAUUUUUCGCUUGAACCUGUGAUAUUAAAACUUGUUUUAUCCGUUUCUGCUUUUGUUUCGUUUGUUUUUUCGUCUUAUUUCCUGCCUAUUUUUCCCCUAUGAUAUUUUAGUUAAUUAUUUUGUCGUUUUAUUUUUGCCAUUUUUGAAUUAGUAAUUGUCAUUUUUUCUACUGGUAGUCAUGACGCAUAUAGAGGAACACUUGGAUGCAAUUUACAUUUGCAAUCUCUAGAGCGCAUACUAAUGUCGCAUACUGUAGGUCCAUAUUCUUUCAAACAAAAGCUGCGGUAGAAUGCUUGUCGAAAUAGAUGGGCUAAGUACCCUCAUGCUUUAGGGGUUCUAUAAUAAUCUCCCUGAUAUCCUCCAUGAGCAAGGAUUCUGGAGUGUUUGUUGCUAUUUGGAUAAGUACCUUAGCUAUUAUAUAAUCUUUAUUCUAUUGGUUAGCACACAUUUGACCGUAGUCACGUGAUUAUGCUCAUCUAUCAUUGUGUGUAAUUAACUUCAGGGCAUU